AUGAAGGCACCUCCCAAGCACGCCAGCACCAUCAUCCUGGAUUCGGAUGAUGAGGACUUUUCGGACAAUUCCCUGGGCGCACAGGCUGCGCGUCGCCUACAGCGCGAGGAGUAUGCCAAAGCAGAUGGGUUGCUCCUACCAACACCUGGCCCUGCGCGUCGAAGCAGUCGUGCUUCCGCCGCUGGCGCGUCGAUCAAGGUGCCGCUGCCCACCCGCGCUGCUCCGAAGCGUGGUCGGGCCUCUACAGGAUCAUCAGCUCAACAGGCGCCACCGGUCAAGAAAGCGAAGGUCAUCCCGGAUUCCGAUGAGCCCACCAAUCCUGACAUAGACAUGGAUGCAGAAGUCGCCGCGGGCGCUGCUUUAGAUUCUGAUGAUUUCCUCUCCGCCGGCGACACCACCGAUGAAGAUGAUGAUGAUGAUUACGGCGAUGGCAGUGAGGAUGAGCCCUUGAUGUCUGCCAAGCAGAGGGGCAAACAGCCGGCCAAGCCACGAGCAGCCGCGGCAAAGGCCAGGGCCCCUGCAAAGGCUCCUCCGACACGAAAGCCUGCUGGGUCUUCGAGCCGACGUGCCUUGGUUGUGCAUGACUCGGACUCUGACCCAGGUAUCGACGAGCUUCUUGACUCCGACUACGAUACGCUGCCUGCUCCUGUCGAUGCAGGCUUCACUUCCGCAUCGGCUGUCUCGUCCGGCCUGAGCUCUGCAGUCACUACUGAUGACGAGACUGGCGGCCGCCUUGAAGACGUCCGGCGAAUUGCGACGCAGCGCCGCGGAUACAGGCGAGGAAACAAUCGGCGUCUCAAGAAGGAGCGCAAUCGACUGGAAAACCAUCACCCCGAAUUGUCCACCAUGUGGACUGACUUGGAAAGCAUGCCAGUGUUGAAGGCCGGCAUGAUCGCACAGCCACAAAGCAUCUCGCGGCAGCUCAAGCCGUUCCAACUUGAAGGCGUCGCGUGGAUGAAGGAAAUGGAAAAGACCGAGUGGAAGGGGGGUCUGCUCGGUGAUGAAAUGGGUCUCGGCAAGACGAUUCAAGCCGUCAGUCUCAUCAUGUCCGACUAUCCUGCCAAGGAGCCCUCGCUCGUACUCGUUCCGCCUGUUGCGCUCAUGCAGUGGCAGUCCGAGAUCAAGUCCUACACCGAUGGCACCCUCAAAACGUUUGUUUUCCACGGCACCAACCAAAAGGCCAAGAACAUCACUGUCAAGGAGCUCAAGCAGUACGAUGUCAUCAUGAUGUCGUACAACAGCCUCGAGUCCAUGUACCGCAAACAGGAGCGCGGGUUCAAGCGCAAGGAUGGAUUAUACAAGGAGAAGAGCGUGAUCCACGCCAUCCAUUUCCAUCGAAUUAUCCUGGACGAGGCGCACUGCAUCAAGACACGUACCACCAUGACAGCCAAGGCGUGCUUUGCGCUUAAGACCAGUUAUCGUUGGUGUCUCACAGGAACGCCUCUACAGAACCGCAUCGGAGAGUUCUUCUCCUUGAUUCGAUUCCUGAACAUCAAGCCGUUCGCCUCAUACCUAUGCAAGCAGUGCCCUUGCUCACAGCUGGAGUGGACCAUGAACGACGACAACCGUUGCAAGCACUGCAGCCAUGCCGGCAUGCAGCACGUGUCCGUCUUCAACCAGGAGCUUCUGAACCCUAUUCAAAAGUUUGGCAAUUUCGGACCGGGACGUGACGCAUUCCGCAAGCUGCGCCUCAUGACGGAUCGCAUCAUGCUGCGACGGCUGAAGAAGGAUCACACCAACUCCAUGGAGCUUCCAGUCAAAGAGAUUUACGUCGACAGACAGUUCUUUGGUGAGGAAGAAAACGACUUUGCCAAUAGCAUCAUGACGAAUGGUCAACGCAAGUUUGACACCUACGUCGCGCAGGGUGUUCUCUUGAACAACUACGCCAACAUUUUCGGUCUGAUCAUGCAGAUGCGUCAGGUUGCCGAUCACCCGGACUUGAUCCUGAAGAAGAAUGCGGAGGGCGGUCAGAAUGUCAUGGUCUGCUGCAUUUGUGAUGAGCCGGCCGAGGAUACGGUGCGAAGCCGAUGCAAGCACGACUUCUGCCGUGCAUGUGUCGCUAGCUACGUGCGAUCGACGGACGAACCGGACUGCCCUCGCUGCCACAUCCCGCUGGCCAUCGAUCUGGAGCAGCCGGAAAUUGAGCAGGAUGAGACUCUUGUGAAGAAAAACUCCAUCAUCAACCGCAUCAAGAUGGAGAACUGGACGUCGUCUUCCAAGAUUGAGCUUCUCGUUCACCAGCUCCACCAGUUGCGAUCCGACAAUGCGACUCACAAGUCCAUCAUUUUCUCGCAGUUCACCACCAUGCUGCAGCUCAUUGAGUGGCGUCUACGCCGCGCGGGCAUCACGACCGUCAUGCUCGACGGAAGCAUGACUCCUGCUCAGCGCCAGGCGUCGAUCGAGCACUUCAUGAACAACGUGGACGUGGAGUGCUUCCUUGUUUCGCUCAAGGCGGGCGGCGUCGCUCUCAACCUGACUGAGGCCUCGCGAGUCUUCAUUGUUGAUCCAUGGUGGAACCCAGCGGCGGAGUGGCAGUCCGCUGAUCGCUGCCACCGUAUCGGUCAGACGCGGCCCUGCACAAUCACGCGUCUCUGCAUCGAAGACUCUGUCGAGAGCCGCAUGGUGCUGAUCCAGGAAAAGAAGACCAACAUGAUUCACUCAACGGUCAACGGCGACGACAAGGCCAUGGACUCGCUCAGCCCAGAGGACAUGCAGUUCCUCUUCCGCGGAUCAUGA